AUGGCACCCACAGUAGAGAUUGCCAUACCCGCUACCUCUGUAUCCCCCACAUCCCCCCCACAUACCGUUUACCACAUAACACUCCGUCUUCCACUACGCUCCUUCACCGUCUCCAAGCGUUACUCCGACUUCUCGACAUUCCACACGACCCUUAUCAACCAGACCAAUGUCCAACCCCCACUCCCACUACCAGCGAAAUCUUGGUUCUCAAAAACCACCUCCAACGACAGCUUCCGCGAAGAGCGCCGCAUCGGCCUAGAAGAUUACCUCCGGGCUAUCAACGAGUCCCCAGAUGGACGAUGGCGCACUUCCCCCGCGUGGCGGGCCUUCCUUAACCUGCCAACAGCAGCCGCGUCCACAUCAUCCAGUGCGGCCAACUCCUCAACAAGAUUACACGCCGCUAUCACAGACCCUGGUAACGCAUUAAAUGCUCCAAUCACCGACCCAACUCUCUGGCUCGACUACUUCCGCGACCUGAAGUCCCACCUCCACGAUGCCCGUCUCGCCCUCUCACGCCGAGACCAGGAGACAACACCGCAGAAACAGCACGAAAGCUCCGCACAAGCAAAAGGUAGUCUAGUCCGUGCAGGUUCUAUGAUUUCCACCCUCGAAGAAGGUCUCAAGAACCUUAGCGGCUGCGGAGCGCAAUCCAAGAACUCCACUACCUCCACUCUCGGUGACGGCGAGCUCCGUCGUCGAAAGGACUUACUUAUAAACGCGCGGAAAGAAAAAGAAGGACUGGAGGACUUAUCGCAUGCUAUGGCGACUAAGAGCAAGCUCGACCAUGCCGUUGCCUCAAUCCAGGACAAAGAAGCCCUCCUGAGUGCUGGGAAUGGGGAUUCUACUGGUAAUAAUGGUGGGCGACGAACACCUGCGAAAUCCGGACGUGUUCUUGGCAAAGAAACCGAGCGUACGCGCGAGCUAGAUAAUGAGGGUGUGCUACAGCUUCAGAAGCAGAUGAUGCAGAAUCAAGAUGCUAGUGUUGAGGAAUUGAUGAAGAUUGUUAUUCGACAAAGGGAGCUAGGAACGGCGAUCCACGAGGAGUUGAACGUCCAAAACGAGCUGUUGAAAUUGGCAGAUGAGGACACUGAUCGUCUGAAAUCCAAGCUCGAUAUCGGCAAGAAACGGAUCGGAAAGAUCUCCUAA